GUUUUCCAAUCCCAGUUUUACAUCAAUCAAGAAAACGUUUACAUCAUUAAGAAAACCACAAGUAUUCUCAUUAAUAAAUUUUUGAGAGAAAAUGUCCAGCAUGCAGCAACCAUUCAAUGCAGGCCAAUCCCAAGGCCAGGGCCAGGCUAAGGCAGAAGAGUGGAUGCGGUCCACACAGGAAACAGCACAUGAAGCUAGGAACGCAACAGCUGAUGCAGCUCAGUCAGCCAAGGAGUCUGCUCAGCAUGGAAAUGACCAAAGUGCUGGAUUUCUUCAGCAGACUGGAGAGCAAGUGAUGAACAUGGCACACGGUGCUAUGGACAGCGUGAAGAACACACUUGGAAUGAAUGAAAAGAAAUGAAGAAGAUAUAUACCAGUAGCAGCCACAUCUUCCUAUAACGAUUUGUGAAGAUGUGUGGUAUCAACUAAUUAGCAUCUACAUACGUACUUCGAUGGAUAUAGGGUUUUGUUAAUUGGGAGCAUUUCUUGCUCUUAAUUCCUUAUCGUUAGGGAGACUCAAUUUAAUUUGUCUGUCAGUGUCAGACAGAGAAGUCUUUGAAAGGAAGCUCAUGUCAUUAGUUGGAAUAAACUCUACAGAUAUAUUCUUUAGUUUGUUUUCCAUUUUUCUUCCACAUUACAGCAAUCAAUGUAAUAAAAGCUUAACAAGUAAUGCAAUAUGCCA